AUCAUCCUCCGAAAGCCGUGAAGACGAGAGACGCAUCUUGUCAACGACUUUGCGAAAAACGCCGAUAUCGAAAAUACGUAUCUUUUCUGACGGACGCCUUCUCGGGACACGUCGCUGUUGCUGCACCGCAUAGCUUAGUCACAGCGCCUUUCAUUUCGAACCUCUCCCUUUCACCAUCAACUGUCACAUCUCGAGAUUAUCACAAUGGCUUCUCCGCCCUACGCAACCUCUCCAUCGGGAAUGUCACCGCCCUACCCAUCACCCGCUCAAAUCCCCAACAAGAAGCGCCCAUCAACCCUCGACGGCUCCGCGCCUCCCCUCAAGCGCCGCAAGCCCUCCCAAACCUCCGUCUCAACCAGCUCCGCCGCCCAUCCUCUCCGCCAAACGUCUUUCCCCCCCGAAGCACGAUCUCCAUUCCCGCGCUCUCCAUCCGUCGAUGCUCAGUCGCAUGUGAGCGGCAGCGCAGUCAGCACGACAGCCAGCGGAGCGCCGAAGAAGAAACGCGGCCGCAAGGCAAAGAACGCCAAGCCAGAUGAUGCUCGUGAACAAACGCCCAGUCUCGUUGGAGGACGGGCACCUACUGCUGUGAGCGGACAGGGUGGUGAGAAGGAGGAUGACGAUGAGGACGAUGAGAAGGCUGAGAUGGCGCUUGAGGAUGUCGUUGCGAGAACGCAGGAGCAGAAGCAGGAGGAGAUUCGACUGAGAGCUAUGCUUGUUGAGGCUUUUGAUUCUCAGCAGUAUAACCGAUACGAGCUCUGGCGUGCGGCUAAAUUGGCCGAUAGUGUAGUCAAACGAGUUGUCAACGCUACGGUUUCUCAAUCGGUUCCGCAGAACGUUAGCACGGCCGUCAAAGCCGUCGCCAAGCUCUUCGCUGGUGAGAUCAUCGAAGCCGCUCGCAAUGUGCAAGGAGAAUGGAUCCACGCCGGAGAGAAGCAAAGCGAACUACCUACGCCUCCCCCGUCGACAAAUGAUGACCCUGCCGCAGCAGAGGAAGAGAUUGAUCUCAAGCGCGGCCCUCUACGGCCCGAUCAUCUACGCGAGGCCUGGCGUCGCUACAGGCUAUCUGGAGAGAGCCGUGGUGUAGGGGUGCAGCAACUCUGGCAUGCCCAGCAGGGCGAUGGAGUUGAGCGCUUUUCAACCCGUACAGGGAAGCGACUGUUCAAGUAAGCUAUGACGAAUAACAGGCGGCUACGAUAAGGAUGAAGGUGACUGCGAUACAAGAAAAAAGCGAGUCACGAUGAGUGGAAAGGAGAUUGCACAGGAUGAUCGCCAAGACAUGGUCCAGAUCAGUGACAUAGAUCUGACUUGGCAGAGAUGGAGAUGGAGAUGAAGAUUCUUUCAGGCGUAAUAAUGAUACCCCCAAAAAUCCUGAAACAAAACAGGAAAUAGAACUUUGUACAAUACUACCCAAAUCAAGAACAUGAACGAGCAUGUGCCAAGAAAAGUCGUUAAUCGGAAAUAACAAUGACCCGGAC